AAUAAGUCAGCAUCGGCAUCAGGAUUGAUUCGCUUUGUGCGUUUACGUUCUUGUUUUACUUCCCCACCCUUUUUCGUUACAAAGCGCUCAUAAGCUUCAUCAAGCAUCUCCUCAAGCUGGGCAUCAUACCUGAUGUGAACGAUUAUCAGUUACAAAAUUACAGCGUAUUUUUAGAAAUAUAGUAUUAACCAUGUAAUUGCGCAUACUGAUGUGUGGAUGCUAACUACCUCUGCUGUUCUUCAUCUGAAUCCAUUUCCUCAUCAGAGACUUCUCGAGCUUGAGUUUCCUCAUUUUCACUGUCAUCAAUGUCAUCUUCCACAUCGAGCUCUGCAGAUUCAACAGCUUGAAGUUCUUUUCCACCCUAGAGAAGGAAAAGGUAAAUGAAUAUGGAAACUAAAGAAUUAGAUGUUAACCUUAUAUAUUUCUAGUGUUCGCAAGAAGCCAUGGCGAAAAAUAUGACCCACAGAAGUCAUAAUUAGAAGGCGAUUUAAAAAAAAAUCAAAAGAGCAGAAUCAGCUUUCUUGUUGAGUUUUAACAAAAAAUGAAGGCCCCUACAUGCAGGGCAGAGAGGCAACUCCAGAGGAGCAUGAGUAUUUUGGUUUUAUCCUCUAAGGGGAAAAAGUUACAAUAUCAUGUAAUGUCUUCCAACGAGAUAUUAGAAUAAGAUUCCAAAGAAAUACGACUAAUAGAAAAACAGCAUGAUACCUUGAUAACACUAAUAGAAAACAAGUCAGGAUCACCAUAAUCAUCUCCAGUAGCGUCAAUCUGCAUUCCUGUAGCCUUGCGUGCUUUAUCCUGGAAUGAAGAGCCCACAUGUCACCACAAAACUGAAAUUAGCAUCACAUGUUGCAAAGGUUGGUGUACGUAAUUCAUAAUACCUUUGCUCGACGCUUUGCCAGGCGCUUUUUCUCUCUCUUGUUCUUUCUAUCAAUGACACUGGUCAAUUCUUCCAUUUCUUGUAGAAGUUGAUCAUCAUCCUUGACCUUUGUGGUCUCUGCGUCAUCCUCAACCUUCGGGGUAACUUGUGAAGAUGACGACAGUGCUUUCCGUAAGCGGAUUCGCCAUCUAACAUAGUUACACAAGAGAUAUAUGAAAUUGACAUCCUCUGCACAUGUUCAACUUAUAGAGUUGUUUAGGUUAUAGUAACUGUUUAAAUGAAUGGAAAUAAAUUGCAUAAGAGAACAGAAUGGCAGACAAGUAACUCACUUCAAGAUAUGCUUGAAACUAUUUUUAUCCAAUAGAAGUAAAUCCUCACAGUAAUUUUUUAUCUGGCACAAAUCAAAUAAUAAGCAGUCAGCGCCUAUGACUAGAAUAGAUGGAAAGAUAAGCCAGGCAGUAUGCUCAGUUCCUUACAUCAUCAGUAGUAAGCUCAUGAUUCUUUAUGGGCAGAGAUUCUUGAUUAUCAAAUGAAAUCAAAUUGUAGGAGCCCAAAAACUCCAGUGGAGUCUGGGAGUCAGACCAUAUAAAGUCUGAUGCCAAACCGACUUUCCACAAUGUUGUAUUCCCUUCUUCAUACCUAGAUAAAUGUCAUUUAUAUCAGCAUAACAAUUGAAGGAUCAUAUUGGCAAGGAGAACUUUGCAUAACCAAAAACUUCAAAGCUACAACUUCUACAGGUAGAUUUCACCUAUGUUGUUUCAGCAUAGACAGAAGCAGCUUGUGCCUUCUUAACAAACCUGCCACUAAGACCGGGUAGAGAAGGCCUAUGAUAUGCUUGGCAACCCAACAUAAAAACCCAGUCACUCUUAUAGAAGUAAAACCAAACGAAAAUCAUUGGUUUGUAACACUCUUAGUGAUGUGCCACAUGAACCCAUGUGUGCUAUUGUUCAAAUUUUACAGAAUGCAGGAAAGUAUCAGAACAUCCAGCCAAUUUUCAUUCUUAUUCACACUUAACCAAAGGCCAGGAGAAGAGCACAGAGUUCUCUUUUCAGAUUUGUAAUGCAAAACUUGAUAAAUGCUGAACUGUCGAGAACAAACAUCACAACAUGCUGAAUUGUUUAUACUAGACUAGAUAACAUAGCAACUGGUCAGCUUUCACAUUGUCAAGAGCAAUCUACUUAUUUACACACCAGCAGACUGCAAAACAGGCUGCUAUACUGAACACAAGAAGUGGUAAAUGUAAUGGAAGAUCAGAUGUAGGUAGAACAUUUGACUCCACUUUGAUGUGAACACAGCUAAUCACAAUAUGCAUACUUGAGAAGUAAUAAUAAAAAUAUGAGAGGGGGAAGGAAAACAAGGCAAACUACAACAACAAUGUAACAAGGGAGGCGUACCCAUCACGGUGUCUCUUCGUCGAUUUAUCCAUAAUAUCCCUAGGCUGCAGAGUGCACAACAUUUCCAACAUCAAGGGAUGCUAUCACAUAGAAGAAAGUAAACCAGACAGAUAAUUCAGACAAGUGACUUAACAUACUUUGUUCUGUUCUGGAACCACACUGAACAAGUGCCUUAUAUCAAGAAGUUCUGGUUGAAUCUUUGCAGGAGCCUUAUAGUUCAGGCAGAUGAUAUAAAUUUCAGCCGAUGUAGACCUACUUGCUGUAGGUUUAGUUGCCUCAACCUUCUCAAACAACUGCAAGUGGAGAUGUUGAUUGAUUUUUCCAUUAACUCAACAUGGUAAAUAACAAAAAGUUGUUACAAAACAUUUAAUUAGCACACACCUGUUUAAGACAGUACAUAAUAGCAUUGUAAUCUUGAGACCUAAAAACCUGUUGAAGGAUAAGAACAGCUCAUUAAAUGUGUACUGAAAUAUAGGAAUAACACAAACAAAAUUUGCAGCGGACGUAUAGCUCAUUCAUCAACCGAAUAAGUUUAGUACUAAAACACAUGACAAUAAUGAGAGUAAGAAGAUAUGAAACUAUGAAAUGUCAAAACCACCAAAGAUGACACCAGAAGAAUGGUGGCCGGCGCCGAGCUCGGGCCGGCGGUCAUGGUGGCUCGUGGCGGGUCAGCAGGAGAACGGCAUGGAUGGAGAAGCUGUCGGAUUUCCCACCCUUUGGAUGGCUAAAUGACCAGCCAAAUAGGAUUUGACUAGUGUGAUUUGGAGAUGCUCUUUAGCCGCAAAAUAAAGGAGCAAGUGUUACACCUGCCUAGAAUACAACAACAUAGCCUUUUUUCCCAAGCAAGUGUUACACCUGCCUAGAAUGAUAUUAUGAAAACAUCAGGCUGUCAAACUCAAGGACAAACUUAGCGUGUUCUCAAUGAAGAUAGCAUUAUGAUGAAUAAAGCCAAUGCAGAAUGUCAACGGCAACAAUUGAGCGUUAUUCUUCUGUGUAAUUCUGUACCUUCGUGAUGAAGGCGCCCUUGGGGGCGAGGAACAUUGUAGCGAGGCGCAGGGCGUCGAUGACGAGCGCGGACUGCGAUGUGGCCUCCUGCGCCCAGGCACCACCGACGUUGGGUGACCCGUCGUGGAGCACGACGUCAAAGGCGGAGACGCCGUUGGCGUCCAUCAGCCUCCGCACCGCGGCGCGGCACUUGGUGGUGGUGAUGUCCUCGGUGAGCGAGUGGGCGCCGCGGAUUGGGCGGAUGGGCACGAGGUCGACGCCGACGACGAAAGCUCCGACGGGGGCAUGGUUGACGGCCACCUGGAUCCACCCUCCCGGCGCGGCGCAGAGGUCGAGCACUGAGCGCGCCGUCGGAAGGAAGCGGAACCGCGCGUCGAGCUGGAGCAGCUUGAAGGACGCACGACUCCUGUACCCUUGCUCCUUGGCGAGGUGGUAGAACUUGUCCUGCCGCUGCUUCCCCUUCGCCUUACCCAUCUCCGCCCCGCCACUUCAGCCGCCGCCUACGACGUCGAAGAUACUUCUCAGAGAGGAAGGAGGUGGGGGGCUAGGGUUUUGGAGGUGGUUUUCCUCCGGCGGCGGAUAUUGGGUGAUUGCUGCUCUGGUCGUUUUUGUCGAGGCCGGGCUACAAGGCGGUUUGGUCGAGACGGGCUCAUGGGCCUGGGCCUUUUCUUUAUGUGGCCCCCCAAAAGAAAAACGCUUCGUGUCGUCUUGGUGUGCUUUGCUCUCUCGCUCUCUCCUCUUAUCCCCAAACGCGGACGCACGCCAACAUCUUCACUGCGCGCUGCCACUCUCGGAGGGCAUGGAGCUUGGCCUAGCGCUCCGACUCGUCGCGCCGCCGUCGCCGACCUGUAUCUCCCGUCGAUGUCUUUCUCUUCAGCCUGAUUUUAUUUCCCCGUGUGUGCUACGAGGAAGACGCCUCCGCGUCUCGGGAAUGGAGCAUGGAGUUGGGGUUGUGUCCAGUGCGAGUAUGACCUACUCAGGAGUGGAAGACGAGGAGAUGGUGGAAAGUAAGGUGGUGGAGGAGGAGGAGGAGUCUGAACCGAUGGCGAGCACGAGGCCGCGCCUGGAGCUCAUUGAGAAGCCGGACUGGAGCCUGGCGCUGCUAGACGAGUACGAGUCGGAGGAGUUGGGCACCUCUCAAUGCGUCAAUCACCGCAGCGGCUAUGUAGCUGUAUUGGGGAAACCAAAUGUUGGCAAGAGCACCCUUAUUAACCAAAUGGUUGGUCAGAAACUUUCAAUUGUAACAGAUAAACCACAGACAACACGACAUCGCAUUCUUGGUAUAUGUUCUGAACCAGAAUACCAGAUUAUACUUUAUGAUACUCCUGGUGUCAUUAAAAAGGAGAUGCAUAAGCUGGACAGUAUGAUGAUGAAGAAUGUUAGGAGUGCUAUCUGCAGUGCAGACUGUGUGCUUGUUGUUGUUGAUGCUUGUAAAGCCCCUGAAAAGAUUGAUGAAAUGCUGGAAGAAGGUGUGGGAAACAAAGGUAUUGGAGUUCCUGUUCUUCUAGUGUUGAACAAGAAAGAUCUCAUAAAACCAGGAGAAAUUGCAAAGAAACUUGAGUGGUAUCAAAAAUUCACUGAUGUUGAUGAUGUUAUACCUGUAAGUGCUAAAUUUGGUCAUGGAGUGGAUGAUAUCAAGGAAUGGAUAUUGUCAAAGCUCCCUCUGGGUCCUGCUUACUACCCCAAGGACAUAGCUAGUGAACACCCUGAGAGAUUUUUUGUUGGUGAAAUAGUGAGGGAAAAGAUCUUUGUUCAAUAUAGGCAGGAAAUUCCUUAUUCAUGCCAGGUUAAUGUUGUCAGUUACAAAAGCCGACCUACAGCUAAGGAUUUCAUUCAAGUUGAGAUACUUGUUGAGAAAGAAUCACAAAGAAGCAUUAUACUUGGGAAGGAUGGCAAAGCCAUAAAGAUGUUGGCAACCGCAUCAAGGCUUGACAUCGAGGAUUUCCUACAAAAGAAAGUUUACCUCGAGAUAGAGGUCAAGGUGAAGGAGAACUGGCGGCAGGAUGAACGCCUUCUGAAGCGUUACGGCUACGGCGGCGAGAUUCAAGCACUAUGACUGCUGGGGUGCUAUCACUAUCAGUAUCAGCUGCCGAGACUAGGAGGAUGACUUUGCUUUUCCUUUCCUUUUCUUCUUUCCUUGCUUUAUUGUUGUGUGAGUGAGAAGUUAGAUUAUGGCAGCGCAGUUAUUAGUGAAUAGUGAGCUCCUCUCAGCAAAUUCUGUGGCGAUGAUGCUCUAUCAUGGAACUGAUUUUGCUGCGCGUGACGAGGCACGGUUCUGCUGCAA